AUACAUAGACUGCUCAGAUGUACACUGACAGAGCUAUCACCAUCUUUCAUCGGACAAGUUUCAAUUGUCAGCAUACGGAUUUACUAACAGUAUUUCUUAAAACAAAUUUGCAAGACUUCACAACAACAACUUCACAACAAUAUCCACUGAACAUAUAUCUAUCAUGGAACUCACUAUAACGCUUUUGAACGGGAACUCACUUCCCCUGACAGUUCCGCCACACACCACCGUGGGGUCUCUCAAGAGUUUGAUUCAACAACACUUUGAAGUGGCCACAACAAAGCAGAGGCUGUUAGGCGUCAAUGGGAACAACAUCAGUCUCAGCGAUGAUUCAAAAACUUUGAGCGACUAUGGCCUGCAUUCAGGAUCUAAAGUGAUGGUGCUGAUUACGGAGCCCGCUCCUAUCCAGGUGUUCCUGAAAAACGAAAAGGGCCAGACACACACAUAUGAUGUGGUGCCUGGUGAGACUGUAACCCAGUUCAAAGCCAAGGUACAAAACAAGGAGGCAGUCCCUGCCAACCAACAGAGGCUGAUUCAUGAGGGGAGGCAGCUCGAGGAUGGCCAGAGGCUGGAGAACUACAACAUCAGAAAUCAAAGCACCAUCUAUCUGACACUCCGUCUAAGGGGAGGCUGAAGAAACCCAGUAUUGACCUGAAACCACCUGUCACAUGAAGCCCUUAACUUAUUAUGCAUUCCAUGUCUAUAGAGAAAAGGCAAUCAAUCUUGAACAAAAAUGUGAAUUGUCCUACAUUUGUAUUCAAUUGUAAACUUUAAAUUAAGCAUGGCUGAUAUAGGCGUAUAUUAAUGAGAUUGUUAUCAAGUAAUAAACAUGUAUAAAACUAAAACUGUCAA